AUGGCUUACCUGACAAAGAGAUUUCAGAAAAUGGUUCGCAGAAAUGGAGGUAUUCCAAAAAGGGGCAGCUCUAGCAAGCCAAGAGGCUAUGACCUAUUUCAUAAGUGUGGGAAGCCAGGACAUUUCAUCAAGGAUUUCCCCCUCCUCAAGCAAGAUCAGUACAAAUACAACACAGAUAAACCAGCCAAGAGGAACCCGCAAGCUCUUCCUGCAUGGGGAGACUCCUCCAGCGAAUCGGAAGAGGAUGAUGAACAAGGUGACAGCUCCAUGAUGGCAGUAGAGAGUGAAGAAGCUAAAUAUGAUUCUAUCUUUGCCCUGAUGGGAAACAAAGUGGAAUUUGUGUCAAAAAUAUGCACAGUCACAAAUCUUGUGACUGGUGAGGUGGUUCUGGUGGCUAAAAGAUACAAAAACAUUUAUGUUGCUGUUGAUGAUGAUGUUGAACCGUGGAACAGAAGAUUGGGUCAUGUAAGUUUUACGUUGCUGAACAAAUUGGUCAAGAAGGACCUGGAAGUUAGUACCUCAAGGCCACUUGAUCUCCUUUAUAUGGAGUUGUGUGGACCUAUGAUGGUGCCAAGUAGAGGAGGAAAGAAGUACAUUUUUGUUAUAGUAGAUGAUUAUCCCAGAUUCACCUGGACCCUAUUUCUCAGAACUAAGGAUGAAACCUUUCAAGUAUUUGCUGCAUUUGUGAAAAAGAUCCAGGUGAAGAUGAGUCAUAAUGUAGUAUGUAUAAGGUGCAUGAUCAGGUCCCUCCUUAACAAAACCCCGUAUGAACUGCUGAACGGGAGGAAAUCCAAGCUGGCACAUUUAAGGACAUUUGGCUGCAAAUGUUUUGUUAUCAACAAUGGCAAGGAAGCACUUGAAAAAUUCGAUACCAAAAGUGAUGAAGGAAUCUUUCUGGGCUAUUCAUCACAAAGCAAAGCUUACAAAGUGUACAACAAGAGAACUCAAUGUGUUGAGGAAAGCAUACAUGUGAUCUUUAAUGAAUCUCACCAUCAUUGUGGGAAAGAUUCACAUGAUAAGAUUCAUCAAGACGGAGAAUAG